AUGAACAAGACAGAAUUCAUCACUCUUGCGGGAUUUGCCGUAUCGCUGCUGUUCCACAUGACCCAGACUGAAGGCUGUCCUCCCUCCUGCAGCUGUAAGUCUCUGGGAGAAACGAAGGGUUUGCAGAUCGACUGCAGCUCAAGGGAGCUGACGGAAGUGCCUGCCCUGCCCGUUAACACCAGGAGGCUUUAUCUGCAGAACAACAGCCUGACCUCGGUUCCUGCCGGUGCCCUGGACAGCUUGCACAGCCUGGAGGAAGUGCAACUAUUUGACAACCCUUGGAACUGUGACUGUCAUAUUCUGUAUCUAAAACUAUGGUUAGAAGAUGUCUCCGCACCCUCUCUUGAAAACGUCAGAUGCGCAACCCCAGCUCCCGUGAGGACGAAGCCCUUGAGGCAGCUGACUGGGAACGAGCUGGGAAUUUGUAAGAGGCUUCUCCCGACCAAGUGUCUUGAGUUCUUUUGGCGAGACCUCAUUUUAAUUGCUGGAGCAAUAAUUACACUUAUUUUAGUAGCAUGGGCUCUGAAAUACUCAAAAAAGCUGGUCUUCCAAAUGAACCUAAGCCGAUAUGACUCCAGGGGCCCACUGCUGGGGAGGCAUACCUCCAAAACCCACAAGAUACAAUGA